AUGUCAAGUCGCCUCUAUCAGGUGGAGUACGCAAUGGAAGCCGUUGGCCAUGCGGGCACGUGUUUGGGCAUUGUAGCGAAGGAUGGAAUCGUGUUGGCAGCAGAAAAGCGUUUCAUUAACAAGCUUCUUGAUGAGACGGCAUUCUCGGAGAAAAUUUACAAAAUUAACGACGAUAUUGCAUGUGCUGUAGCUGGGAUCACUGCUGACGCCACUGUAUUGAUAAACGAAAUGCGCUUGAUUGCUCAAAGGUAUCUUCUAAAUUAUCAAGAACCUAUGCCAGUAGAACAGCUCGUCUGCCAUAUUUGCAAUUUGCAACACGGUUUCACAAUGUACGGUGGAAGACGUCCAUUUGGUGUGUCAAUGCUUUUCAUAGGCUGGGACAAGCACUAUGGUUACCAACUUUAUCAAAGCGAUCCAUCUGGAAACUUCCUCGGAUGGAAAGCUACCUGUAUCGGAUCUAGCUCCUCCGCUGCAUCCUCCAUCCUUGAAUCAGACUAUGAUCCAGAGGCCACAACUGACGACGCAGUAAAACUUAGUGUGAAAGUUCUGCACAAAACGAUGACGAUGUCUAAGUUGACCUCUGACAAGGUGGAAAUCGGUAUUCUCCAGAGAAAAAACGACAAAACUUACGUGAAACUUAUUUCACAAAGUCAGGUGGACGAGCUGAUUAAGGAGGCCGAAGCUGCUGAGGCUCAAAAGAAGUGA